UCUAAUUGCAGUGAUGGGGUUCAGGCAAGUGUCUGCAGUGCUUCUUUUGGUCAUGGCUUUUGGCUGUGUUGUUAGUGAUGCUUGGGACUCUAGACGGUUUUAUCCGAGAUCGGGGUUUCUGCAUGACGAUGAAGUCCCAGCCCAGUUUGACUCUCAGAAGCCAGUGCAGGAAGAGCCUGUGGGAGAGGACCCUGUUGAGCCUGUUGUCGAGCCAGUGGGACAAGAACCUAGCGGCGAGCCAGUGGGACAGGAACCUAGUGAGCCUGUUGUCGAGCCAGUGGGACAGGACCCUAGCGGCGAGCCAGUGGGACAGGACCCUAGCGGCGAGCCAGUGGGACAGGACCCUAGCGGCGAGCCAGUGGGACAGGACCCUAGCGGCGAGCCAGUGGGACAGGAACCUAGCGGCGAGCCAGUGGAACAGGAACCUAGCGGUGAGCCAGUGGGACAGGAACCUAGCCAGGAUGAGGACCCUGAGAGCUUCCAGUCCAAGCAGAUCUUUGAGAACCCUCUGACUUGGCGCUAUCCUAAGGUUGAAAUGCAUGACCGCAAUUCUACUGUGUUUGAGAGUCUAAAACAAGUGGCGGUCAACAGUGUGGUAGCUCGGUGUGGGGAGAGCGUGGUCCGUGUGGAGGUGAAGCAGGAUCUUCUGGGGAUUGGCCGGCUCAUCCAGCCAGAGCGUAUCACUUUAGGAGGCUGUGCUGCCGCUGAGGAGGACUCUGAAACUCAUGUGCUCACCUUUGAAUCAGAGCUGCAUGGCUGUGGCAGUGAGCUGACGAUGACGGAGGGCGUGCUGAUCUACACCUUCACUCUUGUCUAUGAGCCAAAACCUCUUGCUAACACUUCUAUAGUGAAGACCAGUGCACCUAUGGUUGACAUUGAGUGCCACUACUUGAGGAAACACGAUGUGAGCAACAAUGCCCUGAAGUCUGGAGUGCCUGUGGGACAGGAACCUAGCCAGGUUGUUGUGGGCCUGGAACCUAGCAAGCCUGUGGGACAGGGACCUAGCAAGCCUGUUGGAGAGCCUGUGGGCCAGGAGCCUAGCAAGCCUAUUGGAGAGCCUGUAGGCCAGGAACCUAGCAAGCCUGUAGGCCAGGGAACUAGCAAGCCUGUUGGAGAGCAUGUGGGCCAGGAACCUAGCAAGCCUGUAGGCCAGGGACCUAGCAAGCCUGUUGGAGAGCCUGUGGGCCAGGAGCCUAGCAAGCCUGUUGGAGAGCCUGUAGGCCAGGAACCUAGCAAGCCUGUAGGCCAGGGAACUAGCAAGCCUGUUGGAGAGCAUGUGGGCCAGGAACCUAGUGUGACUGUGGGCCAGGAGCCUAGCAAGCCUGUUGGAGAGCCUGUGGGCCAUGGACCUAGCGAGCAUGUGGGCCAGGGAACUAGCAAGCCUGUUGGAGAGCAUGUGGGCCAGGAACCUAGCGUGACUGUGGGCCAGGAGCCUAGCAAGCCUGUUGGAGUGCCUGUUGGCCAGGAACCUAGCAAGCCUGUGGGCCAGGAGCCUAGCAAGCCUGUUGGCGUGACUGUGGGCCAGGAACCUAGCGUGCCUGUGGGCCAGGAGCCUAGCAAGCCUGUUGGAGAGCCUGUGGGCCAGGAGCCUAGCAAGCCUGUUGGAGAGCCUGUUGGCCAGGAACCUAGCAAGCCCGUAGGCCAGUUGCCGAGCAAGCCUGUUGGCGUGACUGUGGGCCUGGAACAUAGCGUGACUGUGGGCCCGGGACCUAGCAAGCCUGUUGGCGUGACUGUGGGCCAGGAGCCUAGCAAGCCUGUUGGAGAGCCUGUUGGCCAGGAACCUAGCAAGCCUGUUGGAGAGCCUGUAGCACAGGAACCUAGCAAGCCUUUUGGCGUGACUGUGGGCCUGGAACCUAGCAAGCCUGUAGGCCAGGGAACUAGCAAGCCUGUUGGCGUGACUGUGGGCCAGGAACCUAGCGUGACUGUGUGCCAGGAACCUAGUGUGCCUGUGGGCCAGGAGCCUAGCAAGCCUGUUGGCGUGACUGUGGGCCAGGAGCCUAGCAAGCCUGUUGGCGUGACUGUGGGCCAGGAACCUAGAAAGCCUGUUGGAGAGCCUGUGGGCCAGGAACUUAGCAAGCCUGUUGGAGAGCCUGUAGCACAGGAACCUAGCAAGCCUUUUGGCGUGACUGUGGGCCUGGAACCUAGCAAGCCUGUAGGCCAGGGAACUAGCAAGCCUGUUGGCAUGACUGUGGGCCAGGAACCUAGCGUGCCUGUGGGCCAGGAGCCUAGCAAGCCUGUUGGCGUGACUGUGGGCCAGGAACCUAGCAAGCCUGUUGGAGAGCCUGUGGGCCAGGAACCUAGCAAGCCUGUUGGAGAGCCUGUAGCACAGGAACCUAGCAAGCCUGUUGGCGUGACUGUGGGCCUGGAACCUAGCAAGCCUGUAGGCCAGGGAACUAGCAAGCCUGUUGGCGUGACUGUGGGCCAGGAACCUAGCGUGACUGUGUGCCAGGAACCUAGCGUGCCUGUGGGCCAGGAGCCUAGCAAGCCUGUUGGAGAGCCUGUGGGCCAGGAACCUAGCAAGCCUGUUGGAGAGCCUGUAGCACAGGAACCUAGCAAGCCUGUUGGCGUGACUGUGGGCCUGGAACCUAGCAAGCCUGUAGGCCAGGGAACUAGCAAGCCUGUUGGCGUGACUGUGGGCCAGGAACCUAGCGUGACUGUGUGCCAGGAACCUAGUGUGCCUGUGGGCCAGGAGCCUAGCAAGCCUGUUGGAGAGCCUGUGGGCCAGGAGCCUAGCAAGCCUGUUGGCGUGACUGUGGGCCAGGAACCUAGAAAGCCUGUUGGAGAGCCUGUGGGCCAGGAACUUAGCAAGCCUGUUGGAGAGCCUGUAGCACAGGAACCUAGCAAGCCUUUUGGCGUGACUGUGGGCCUGGAACCUAGCAAGCCUGUAGGCCAGGGAACUAGCAAGCCUGUUGGCAUGACUGUGGGCCAGGAACCUAAAGUGCCUGUGGGCCAGGAGCCUAGCAAGCCUGUUGGCGUGACUGUGGGCCAGGAACCUAGCAAGCCUGUUGGAGAGCCUGUGGGCCAGGAACCUAGCAAGCCUGUUGGAGAGCCUGUAGCACAGGAACCUAGCAAGCCUGUUUGCGUGACUGUGGGCCUGGAACCUAGCAAGCCUGUAGGCCAGGGAACUAGCAAGCCUGUUGGCGUGACUGUGGGCCAGGAACCUAGCGUGACUGUGUGCCAGGAACCUAGCGUGCCUGUGGGCCAGGAACCUAGCAAGCCUGUUGGAGAGCCUGUAGCACAGGAACCUAGCAAGCCUGUUGGCGUGACUGUGGGCCUGGAACCUAGCAAGCCUGUAGGCCAGGGAACUAGCAAGCCUGUUGGCGUGACUGUGUGCCAGGAACCUAGCGUGCCUGUGGGCCAGGAGCCUAGCAAGCCUGUUGGAGAGCCUGUGGGCCAGGAGCCUAGCAAGCCUGUUGGUGUGACUGUGGGCCAGGAACCUAGAAAGCCUGUUGGAGAGCCUGUGGGCCAGGAACCUAGCAAGUCUGUUGGAGAGCCUGUAGCACAGGAACCUAGCAAGCCUGUUGGCGUGACUUUGGGCCUGGAACCUAGCAAGCCUGUAGGCCAGGGAACUAGCAAGCCUGUUGGUGUGACUGUGGGCCAGGAACCUAGCGUGACUGUGUGCCAGGAACCUAGCGUGCCUGUGGGCCAGGAGCCUAGCAAGCCUGUUGGAGAGCCUGUGGGCCAGGAGCCUAGAAAGCCUGUUGGAGAGCCUGUGGGCCAGGAGCCUAGCAAGCCUGUUGGAGAGCCUGUUGGCCAGGAACCUAGAAAGCCUGUAGGCCAGGUGCCGAGCAAGCCUGUUGGAGAGCCUGUAGAACAGGAACCAAGCAAGCCUGUUGGCGUGACUCUGGGCCUGGGAACUAGCAAGCCUGUUGGCGUGCCUGUGGGCCAGGAACCUAGCAAGCCUGUGAGCCAGGUACUUUGCAAGCCUGUGGGACAGGAACCUAACCAGGCUUUAGAGUUUGAGAGCUCCCAGUCCAAGCAGACCUCUGAGAACCCUUUGACUUGGAGAUUUCCUUACGUUGAAAAGCCUGAGCGCAAGUCUACUGUAUUUGAGCGGCUGAAGCAGGUGGCUGCUAACAGUGUGGCGGCUUGGUGUGGGGAGAGUGUGGUCCGUGUGGAGGUGAAGCAGGACCUGCUGGGCAUUGGCCGGCUCAUCCAGCCAGAGCGUAUCACUCUAGGAGGCUGUGCUGCCACUGAGGAGGACGCUGACGCUCAUGUGCUCACCUUUGAAUCAGAGCUGCAUGGCUGUGGCAGUGAGCUGACGAUGACGGAGGAUGUGCUGAUCUACACCUUCACUCUUGUCCAUGAGCCAAAACCUCUUGCUAACACUUCUAUAGUGAAGACCAGUGCAGCUAUGGUUGAUAUUGAGUGCCACUACUUGAGGAAUCACGAUGUGAGCAGCAAUGCCCUGAAGCCGACCUGGAUCCCCUACACCUCCAACAUGGUGGCAGAGGAGCUCCUCUACUUCUCUCUGAGGUUAAUGACUGCUGACUGGCAGUUUGAGAGGCCCUCCAACCAUUACUAUCUUGGUGACAUCAUCAACAUGGAAGCUUCGGUCAUGCCCUACCACCACGUUCCCCUCCGUGUCUUUGUGGACCGCUGUGUCGCCACCUUGGCGCCUGAUGUCAACACUGUCCCUAGAUACUCUUUCAUUGAGGACCAUGGAUGUCUGGUUGAUGCCAAGCUGACCGGCUCCAGCUCCCAGUUCCUGUCCAGAUCCAAGGAUGACAAGAUCCAGUUUCAGCUGGAGUCCUUCAGGUUCCAACCACAGAAUGAUUCCCAACAGCUCUACAUAACAUGUCAUCUGAAAGCAACUGCAGCCUCUUCCCCCAUUGAUGCUGAGAACAAGGCCUGCUCCUUCACAGAUGGGUGGAAGGCUGCAGGUGGGGAUGACGAGGUUUGUGGCUGCUGUGACUCCAGCUGUGCUGCGAGCAAGGCUAGAGAUCUGGACAGUAAUUCAGAUGUGCAGAAGGAAGGUGACGCUACCAUGGGCCCUAUCAUAGUCCAAGAGUAAUCUUGCUUUUUUAAACUUUUUUUUUGGGAGAAUAAACAAAUUACAAUGUUCACAUCUGACUGGAUUUAUUUAGAAUGGGGUUAAUUCAGGAACGCAAUCAACCAUUCAAAUCGGAAAACGAUGUGUACAGCUGAUCACUCUUUAUCCACAGAACUUUGUCAUGAGCUACAUUUCUCAGGUAUUAACAUUGCUACCAUACUGAAUUGUUACCCUGG